CGAUCUAUAUUUCUGAAUAGUUAAACGGAAUGGCAUUGUUGUUUAACCCUGCGGACAGUGUAGUAUACAGAAUUAUUCGCCAGCUGUUCGGAUAUACUCGUGAUAUAAUUUGCUGACCAAUGAACCACAAGUGGAGUAAGUCCGUCAUUAUACGCAAGGGACGGUCUAUUGACGAUGUUAUCAUACCGCAUUCAAAAGGGAAUUCAACUAUUUCCAUUAUAACAGAAGUGUUUAUAUACAGUGGUCAGUGAAAGAAAAACACUUAAACAGCUCAAAUGUACCUGGAGACGUAUUGAUUUGAAAUGACCACACGUUUUCCUUAUCGUUGGUGGACGACAGCCCACUCUUAAACCUAUCGACGGAGUCACCCAGGCAUGUGCUUACUUUACCUCGCCCCGUGUGCGCUAUAUUUGGAACUAAACAGGAAAACUAGGAUAAUGUGUUACUUGUGUGUGUUAAACUAAUUCGCCGUCAGUGAUAUUACGCCUUUAAAUUUAAUUGUGGAUUUUAAAGAAGAGUAUCUGUCUAAUGUGCAGGACUAGUAGGAUGUGUAUUACAUAGACAUAUAUUUAUGGAAUUGAAAGUGUUAAAACCUGCUGUUUUAAAGACCGUUUAAGUGGACACGUAAAACUGGGCGUACCAAGUAUACAGGAAUGGAUUUAUUCAGAUAAAACGGAUCAUCACAUGGAAUGGAAUAUAUGCAAUGAAUAAGGUGCAAUCUAAACAAAGGAGUGGUCUAACAACAAUUUUCCGGAAAUAUACUAUAUGAUGUAUGGAACGACUGGAGGGCAUAUAUACAAUACCCUAAUGUAUUUAAGAAUUCUUCUGCUUGGCAACCGUAAAUUUACAGUACAAUGACUUACGAAUGAAACGUAAUUAAUAAUUUUAAGUCUCCAUUCGGAUAUUGUUUUGCGGAAUAUACUUACGUUACUUGAGAAUAAAUUCAACGGAAGUGAUUAGAUUAUUGACUCUGCCAGUAGCUGGACGCUCAAUCAUCUAAAUUCAUGUUAAAUCUCGAUUUUGGAUUAAGUAUCACCGGUGAAAGCUUAUCAUUAAUAGAAAGAGCCAAACUAAUUCAUCAACGACGGGAAACAUCAAAGGAGUUCCAAGAGAGGAUAAUUUGUAUUUGCGGAUAUUGAUACAAAGAGCCAAAUUAAUCCAUCAACGAAGGAAAACAUCAGAAGAGUUCCGAGAGAGGAACAUUAUAUUUGUGCAUACAGUAACGGUUUACUAUGAGGCCAUGGUUUAUCAUUCGGAAGUUACGGCCGGUGUUUUACUUAAUGGCUGGAGUGUGGUUGAUUUCUUCGAUUCAGCAGGCGGCCGAUAUAAAAUCCAAUGGUUUCCUCGGAAGCAGUUUCUUAGGGCAUCAAGUGAUGCGCGCUUUGAAGGCAGUGCCACCGCAAGUGAUGUCAUACCGACGGGAAUUUAUGAGAAAUUAUCCAUUGCAGGUUGAUCUCCUUCCCUACGUGAUGGAUAAAAUAAAGAAUGGCACUGAAAUUCCGUUUAAAAAACAUUAUCCUCAUAACUACACGUAUUUGCAUCGACCAGACAAAUGUAAGUUUUAUAGUCAUAAAGGCGGGAAACUAGCGAUCCUUGUUAAAUCGGCUGCACAAAACUGGUACCGACGUCACACGGUACGGACCACGUGGGCUAAGAUACAUCCGGGUGUUAUAAAAGUAGUGUUUUUAGUUGCGUACAAUAAAUCGAUUCAGAGUAUGGUCGAUUACGAGGCCGAUUUCUACAAAGAUAUCGUACAAGAAAAUUUCCAGGAUGCAUAUUUUAACAACACGCUAAAAACUGUCAUGGCGUUUAACUGGGCAAUGGAGUCGUGUUCAGGUGCUGAUUAUUAUCUGUUUGUCGACGACGAUCAUUUUGUAAAUGUUCCCGGAUUAGUGCAAUUUAUAAAAAGUCUAUCACGUGAUACACAAGAACAAUUAUUUUUAGGAUUUUUAAUAGCAUGUGGCGAACCGGAGAGGGCGGAACAUUCAAAAUGGCGGAUUUCAUUUGAACUUUACCCUUUUGACCUCUGGCCUCCAUAUUUAGCUGGUGGUGCUUUCGUUACUUCAUACUCAGUUGCUCAGAAGUUACAAUUAGCUUUUCCCUAUGUAAAACCGAUAGGCAUUGACGAUGCUUACCUAGGAAUCGUAGCGAAAAAACUCGCACUGCGGCCAAUGGACAGUGUCCACUUUCACACGACCGGACCUUAUGCAACUUAUGAAUAUUUCAUACAUGGGAAAUUAAAAGCAAACAAAACUGGGCCAAUACCACACGAUGUUCUUUCUUUUCCAAAGACAGAAUGUGUAUAAUGAAAUAAUUUAAUAUAAUGGUGUGUAUGCACGUUUUAAGGAUGUAUGUCACAUUACACAAAUUACGUAAGAGUUACCUCCCUUGUAUACAUUUGAUAAGCAAAAUCUAGGAAGUAAUCCGUGUUUGUCAAUUUUGUUAUAAUGUGCCUUUUCAGAUAUAUCAUUUAUCAUUUAGCCGAGUGAACAAUACUAUCCAGAAAUAAUAUUUAAGCUUCUUAAGUGUGAAACUUUUUCUGAAAGGAGAUCCAAAUCUUAGUCCAGAAAGAUAUACUAUUAAUUAUAAGCGUGUGUUAAUGUUGUGUUUACAUAUCGUUUUAUUGAUUUUUGUUUUAAUUAAUAUAAUAUAUAUAUAUCAAUGGUUGAAAAAUGAUCAUUUAAAAAUUAAAUUCGUACCAUUAGCUUAACAAUGGGAAAACAUUUUUUUUAACUUUGCAAAUUUAAUACAUGUAGAUAAUAGGUCAUUUACCUUGUCUAAGUAUUUUAGACACAACAUCUUCAUCUUAAGUUUUUGAUUGAAAUUGAAUACUAUUUAUUUAUUUUUAUGUUAUACGGACCUUUAAAACAGCCCUUUUCACGAAGGAAAUUCACACUUGCUCCCAAAUGUUCAUUUGUUUUUCUUUCGAAAUUUGCGUUUUAACGAUUCGGAAGCCUUAUCAGGGCACAUAUUCAUGAAAAAUGUACGUACGAAUUAUUUAUUUAUUGCAUAAUGAAAUAUCAUUUAUUCGGUUUCUGUAAACAGUUUUAUUAUUUUAUAUCAAAUAUUAUUUACCGAGUAUUAUGCAAUGUAUUCAUUGAAUACUAUAUUGUGAUAAUAAUAUGUGAUCUGUUUUCACUCAAUUUUCGGUAUCAUUGCAAAUGUGCCAAAUACAAGUUUCCGGCUCUUUCCGACGAUGAUCGGAAACAUCCAAGAUCAUUAAUUCAUAAACAAGCUUUAGAAUGAUAAGGUUCACUGAACAUACCAAUGACGUCAUAAUCGACUGAGAUGUGCCUUAGGAGAACCUUCCCGAAAAUAUGGAAGAAUAUGGAAUAUUUUAGUUGAUGUUUUGUCCAUAACUUAGGUUUAAAAGUAACAAAUUUUCUGCCAUUUUUCAAGAUUAAUGAAAUAUACAUAUAAUACCCUUUUCGUCCAUGCCUGUGAUAUCUAAGGAAAGAGAUAUAUAUGAUUUGUAAUAAAAUAAUGAAAAUGUUAAUUUUGAAUGUCACCAUGUUGCUUAUCAUAAUGGAUAUUGUAAAAGAUUCUUUUCAUUCCUGAUGCUUUCAUUGAAAAACAUCAGGACAACUACAUGUUUUUGCCUAUCUAUCUGUGUUGAUCCAUUAUAGUUUAUGCUGUAACACGGUCGACAUUUUUCAGGUUACAAUGAUUAUUUCCGGCAAACGACAAAAAUCAAUCGGAACCAUUCGUGAAUUUCCGUCAGUUUUAGAAUUUGACGUCACGACAUGACUUGUCCACAAUUAAAGUGUGACGGAAAUACCCGAAUAGUUCCGAUUGGAAAAUGUUUUGCUUACAUAAUAUGUUCAAUAUGGUAGAUUUAUUAAAAAGGCUAUAUAAUGGAUAUAUACGUAUUAGUAUUCAAAUUUAAUCGCGAAAUAAAAAAAAAGUAAAAAGUAGAAAAAAAAGAUUAUUCAAAACAAUUAAAAUCUUAAUAUAUCGAUUUUAUAAUCACUGUGCAAUAAAACAAUAACUUAUCUCAACAAUUACAAUAUAUAUAAACAUAUAUCCGGUUUGUGAUAAUAUAUUUAUACAGAUUUAUUUUCCUUCCAAAAUACAUGUAGUUUAACCAUGAAGAGGGAAAUCCCUGUCAACGGAAAUCCGUAAUGGCACUAAUUAAUCGACAUUUUAAUAACAAUAUUUUUCAUGAAAAUUCAUUUGCGUUUUGAUCAUUUUGUAGUAAUUGUUUCUGUUCUUUCUAUACAUAAUUAAUAUCCUGAUAACUUUUGAGUACGACAUUUUUUGUGUGUGAUACACUUAACGUAUUGAAAUAUCGCGAUAUGUAUCGUAUCGCCAGCACUGACCCGUAUCGCGAUACACCUUGACGACGCUAUUUAUGAAUAUAAUCGACUUUUUUGUGUUAUUCAUGUAAAACGUCAGGAUUAAAUUGAAAAAAAUGAAAAGUUUUGUAAUUAUUUGUCAAUAACUAUUACACCUCCGAUUCGAUUCAAACAUAUUGUAUUGACACUGAAUAGUCAAAGGGAUUGGGCCCAAGUUCUUACACUUUAAUAGUCCCUCUUCCAAACAUACCUCUGAUAUGUCGACUCCUUGGUUAAUUCGAUGACAUAUUUAACGUAAUUAAUUCAAUUAUCAAAGAUAGGAAUUGAUACCAACAGACUUUAUUUUUUUCUAAAAUAAAAUAUUCACGAUAUGUGUGGUAUACGAUUUGAUUGACAGGUGUAUGAAGGAAACUUCGAUAUCUCGAAUGUGAUUAUAUUCAUUAUCUCGCUCACACAUUUUAUUAUUUAUAUAUAUAAUCGAUAUUUAUGAAUAUCAAACUGCCGUCCCAAGUUAGAUAUAACAAGAUCGUGAUUGACUUUUUAUAUAUAUAAAUUAUAUAUGUAUACGUUUUUCUUGCAAGAAAUAUUUAGCUAAGUAUAAAUGAUUGUGAACUAUUUGUGUGGCUACCACAGUAUCGUUAAAAUGUGUUACUUCGUUGUGUGAAAAAACACGAAGCGUAAAUGUGUUGGGCGAUGUUUGAAAACUUUUUGAAAAUAAUUCAUGAGAGAUAUAGAGGAAUAAGUGGAUUCUGAGCGAGAGAGAGAGAGAGACAAGGAGAGUGAAGGAGGGGAUGUGAUAGCUUGAGAGUGGGGAGAUGGAGAGAUACAAGAGAAAGAAAGACAGACAAAAGACAGACAGAAAGACAGACAGAAGGGAAGAGGA